UUGAGUUUCCCUCUGUGACUCUUGGAUGUGUGUAAGAUGGCCGGGUUUAAGGAUCUUAAAGAGUUAUUCAGUCGACGGCUGCUCGCUGCGGUUAUCAGAGAUAUAACAGAAGAAAGAACAACAAGUGGAUACGAAGAGGAGCUCCACCGACAAAGAAAACUGCUGGAUGUGAUUUUAACUCCUGAAAUCAAGCUACAGAGAACAGAUGUCCAGCAGCUGUUGGUGAGUAAAGAAGAGCUUCCACCUGAGCAGCAGGAGUGGAGCCACAUUCUGGACCAGGAGGACACUAAGCCCCAACACAUUAAAGAAGAACAUGAGGAACUGUGGAUCAGUCAGGAGGAAGAACAGCUUCAAGGACUGGAGGAGGCUGAUACCGCCAAGUUCCCCUUCACUCCUGUCUCUGUGAACAGUGAAGAUGAUGAAGAGAAACCUCAGUCCUCACAGCUUCAUCAGAGACAAACUGAACAGAUGGAAACAGGAGUUGAUGGAGAGGACUGUGGAGGAGCAGAACCAGAGAGAGACUCAGAUCCAGAGAGACGUUUACAACCAGAGACUGAGGUCGAGACUGAAGACUCUGAUGAACCUGAGACUGAUGACAGUGAUGAUUGGCAAGAGACAGGAGAACAUCUGUCAGAAUCAAACUUGAAAAAUAAGAAACUAAAGACUAGUAAGAGACCACACAGCUGCUCGGAGUGCGGUAAAAGAUUUAACCGAAAAGGGAAUCUAACCAAACACAUGAUGAUUCACACAGCAGAUAAACCCUUCAGAUGCUCUGUUUGCAGUAAAAGUUUUACCCAAAGAGUAAAUCUGACCACACACAUGUUGGUUCACACAGGAGAGAAACCCUUCAGCUGCUCUGUUUGCAGUAAAAGCUUUACCCAAAGACAAAGUCUGAUGUAUCACAUGUUAAUUCAUACAGGAGAGAAAGCCUUCUGCUGCUCUGUUUGCAGUAAAAGCUUUACCCAAAGAGGAAAUCUAACCAAACAUAUGUUAAUUCAUACAGGAGAGAAAGCCUUCAGCUGCCCUGUUUGCAGUAAAAGUUUUACCCAAAGAGGAAGUCUGACCACGCACAUGUUAGUUCAUACAGGAGAGAAAGCCUUCAGCUGCUCUGUUUGCAGUAAAAGUUUUACCCAAAGAGGACAUCUGACCACACACAUGUUAGUUCAUACAGGAGAGAAAGCCUUCAGCUGCUCUGUUUGUAGUAAAAGUUUUAACUAUAGAGGAAAUCUAACCAAACACAUGAUGAUUCACACAGGAGAGAAACCUUUCAGCUGCUGAGUGUGGUACAAGGUUAAGUUCUAAGGCACAGCUGACCAGACACAUGAUGUCUCACACUGAAGAGAAACCCUUCAGCUGCUCUAAGUGUGGUGACAGGUUUACUUCUAAGACAAUUAUGACACGUCACAUGAUGAUUCACACUGGAGAAAAAGUCUUUAGUUGCUCUGUGUGAGAAACGAUUUAACCAUAAGUCUAGUCUGACAUAUCACAUGGCAUAUCACAGAGGGGAGAAACCCUUCAGCUGCUUGUUUUGCAGUAAAACUUUUGCCCAAAGAGGAAAUCUGAACAAACAUGAUGAUUCACACUGGAGAGAAAUGCUAAUCCUGUUCAAUGGUAAAACUGAU